GGGCCAUUCUUACUCUGACUUUACAUCACUGAUUUCUCUGGAAGCUGCCGCUUGAGCUCUUCAUUUCAAGUCAUACAAAGGAAAGAAAUGGCCGCCGCCGCACCUCCGCCGCCACCAUCCGCAGCACCGGAGCCCUCCCUUGCUUUACAAGACUCCUCUUGCCGGGACAACCCUCUCUUCUCCCGUAUUCGUCUGGCCACUCCCGCCGACGCGCCCCAUAUCCACAAACUCAUCCACCGCCUUGCCGUCUUCGAACGCCUCGCCCACCUCUGCUCCGCCACGGAAGCCUCCCUCUCUUCUACCCUUUUCAACUCCGCCCCCUUCACCUCCUUCACCAUUUUCCUUCUCGAAGUCUCUCCAAAACCCUUCCCCUCCCCCGACGGCGUCAUUUAUUUAGAUCAUCCCAUGGUCGAUCCCGAGCGAGAAACUUUUAUCUCUGAUAAAGUCAACGAUGUUACUGUUGCUGGGUUCGUUUUAUUUUUUCCUAAUUAUUCCACAUUUCUCGCGAAACCCGGGUUCUAUAUUGAGGACUUGUACGUGAGGGAGUGCUACAGAAGGAAGGGAUAUGGGAAGAUGUUGUUGAGUGCAGUUGCGAAACAAGCUGUGAAAAUGGGGUACGGGAGAGUUGAGUGGGCUGUGCUAGAUUGGAAUGUUAAUGCUAUUAAGUUUUACGAAGAGAUGGGAGCUAAAGUCCUUAAUGAAUGGCGGAUUUGUCGGUUGACCGGUGAGGCUCUUGAAAAGUAUGGUGAUGAUAAUAUUUAGAGUGUUUUAUUAAUGAUAAUGAUAAGGGUGUUUCUGACGUUGAUGUUCUUGCAAAUUAUCAAUCAAAGUGUUUGUUUUCGGACUUUCAA